AUGUCUCACCGUCAGAUGAAUGAGCUCCGCAAGCUUGGGGAAGACCAUCAGGAGCCAAGAGGGAAGCAGGGUCUUUUGGAGGUGCAGGCGUUCAGGGAUGAAAAGAUGGAAGCCAUGCCCCUCUCCUCCUCAGCUUCCCCCCCCUCUGUCCUGUUCCCAGACAGCCAAGAGGAGGUCGCUGCUGCUGUGGCGUCCAUUCCUCCCCACAGCCCACUGGGUGCCUGCCUCUCCUCUGCUGCCAUGGAGACCCCUCCAUUGAACCACACUGAGGAAGCGUGCUCCAUCAGCCAAUGUGAUGAGGGCCCACGCGCCAUGGAAGACACAGGAGACACCGAAUCCUCUCUCAAAGAGGCCCUACAUUUGAAGAUGGGCAACCUAGUGAAGUUCCUGCUCCUGAAGUACCGUGCACAGGAGCCGACCACCAAGGCAGAAAUGCUGAGCAUCAUCCAAGAGCAUGAAGACCACUUCCCCGAGCUCCUCAGGGAAGCUUCGCUGUGCCUGCAGCUGGUCUUUGGUGUUGAUGUGAAGGAAGUGGACCCCAGGGACUGUUCCUAUGUCUUGGUCAACUCGCUGGGGCUCACCUAUGAUGGGAUGGGGAGUGAUUGGCGCCGCAUGCCCAAAAAUAGCCUGUUGGUCAUGCUCCUCUGUGUGAUCCACCUGGAGGGCGACAUUGUCCCUGAGGAGAAAGUGUGGGAAGCCCUGAAUGUCAUGGGGGUGCAUGAUGGGGUGGAGAAUUCCAUGUAUGGGGAGCCCAGGGAGCUGAUCACCAAGGUGUGGGUGCAGGAACAAUAUGUGGAGUAUCGGCAGGUGGCCAACAGUGAUCCUGCUCGUUAUGAGUUCCUGUGGGGUCCCAGGGCCUACGCUGAAACCACCAAGUUAAAAGUCCUUCAGUUUUUGUUCAGGGUCAGUAGCAUGGAUACCAGGCCCAUCCCAUUCCAGUCUGAAGAGGCUGAGAGUGAUGAGGAAGAGAGGGCCUGA